AUGUUUGCGACGGCCUUCUUUCGGUUGGCGCGGCCGCAGCCGUUCCUCGUGCAGAGCCGGUCGGUCGUACAGUCGCGGUUCGCGAAGAAGGCCAACGACGUGGCGGAGAAGCUGCCCUUUAAGGUGACCCGUACCCCGUCCGGCAACCUCGCAGUGUACGUGAAGAUCCGCGCGCACGGCACGCUCGUGUAUACGGUGGUUCGGCGCAUCUACGGCGACGUCGACGCCAUGAAGCAGCAGCUGCGGAUCCUCUGCGAAUCACCCGUGCGCGAGCGCAUCGGCAGCCUCGAGGUACACGGUCUGCAUGUAAAGAAGAUCAAGAAGUGGCUCGUUCAGUGCGGGUAG